AUGUCACUAUGGUCACUUUUGAAAAAUGCAUUGGGCAAGGAACUGUAUAAAAUACCGUUACCAGUAAAUUUCAAUGAACCAAUAAGUUUUAUACAACGUCUCACUGAAUGCUUGGAAUAUUCACAUUUGAUUGAUAAAGCUGCAAAAAGCGAAGAUCCGGCAGAUCAGAUGAUCUAUGUUGCAACAUUUGUUAUUUCAACACUUUCCAAUACACCAUUCCGGACAUGCAAACCUUUUAAUCCGUUAUGGUGUGAAACAUUUGAAUUCGAUCGAAUGGAUGAUCUCGGAUGGCGAGCGAUCGCAGAACAGGUGAGUCAUCAUCCACCAAUUAGUGCAAUUCAUGCGGAAGGAAAUGGUUGGAUUCUUGAUGAAGAUAUAGAUGUGCAUUCUCAAUUUCAAGCAACAAUUAUGAAAAUUUUUCCGGAGGGUAUAGCUAGCAUUUUCUUCCCGGAAACAAAAUCAUUCUAUUAUUGGACAAUGAAAGAUAUUAAAACGUUUGUCAAAGGUUUUAUUAUUGGUCCAAUAACAGUACAUAAUGAAGGAAAUUGCAUUAUUAUGAAUCAACCGGAUGGCAUCAAUUGCGUAUUUAACCUUACUCGACACAAAUUUUUCUCAUCUGAUAACGAACGAACUUUUACCGGAAAAAUAUGUGACAAAUUCGGAAAAGAAUUAUAUAGUUUAACCGGUGACUGGAGCCAGAAAUGUAUUGUAGAAGGUCAAGUUAUUUGGACAAGAAAUGCCCAACCCAAUGAAUCAGAAUUGAUGUACAAUUAUACAACUUUAGCCAUAGAACUUAAUGAACCAGAGGAAAAUGUAGCGCCAACCGAUUCUCGACUUAGACCGGACAUGCGCAUGAUGGAGAAUGGCGACUGGGAUGCGGCAAAUCAAGAAAAAGGACGUUUAGAAGAAAAACAACGGAUUGAUACCAAAAAAUAUCAGGAUAUGCUAGAGAAUGGACAGAAAAUAGUUGAGCGGCCAAUAUGGUUCAAGAAAUGUUUUGAUCGUAGUUGUGGUACAUCACGUUACAUUUAUCAAGGCCAAUAUUGGAAAUGUAAAGAAAAGAAAGACUGGUCCCGUUCUCCAAAUAUAUUCGGUUGA